GGGAAGGAAAGGCUCAAAAAGAAAAAAAAAAAAAAAGAAAAGAAAAAUCAACGAGAAAAAGAGGGGAGAGGAGGGAGGAAGAAGGUUGGCUCUUGCAGAAAUGGGAGAGUCGAGCGGCUCUGUCUCGGUCGAUGUGGAGAGGAUCUCGUUCGGAGGGAAGGAACAUCAUGUGUUGACAAGUAAUGGCCCUAUCUCAGUUGCUGUAUAUGGUGAUCUGGAAAAGCCUGCACUUCUUACUUAUCCAGAUAUUGCGUUAAACCAUAUGUCAUGCUUUCAAGGAUUAUUUUUUUGCCCAGAAGCUGCUUCUUUGUUGCUUCAUAAUUUUUGCAUCUACCAUAUUAGUCCUCCUGGACAUGAGUGUCUUGCAGUUAGGUGCUGCUCCAAUUUCUUCAGAUGAACCAGUGCUUUCUGUUGAUCAGUUAGUCGAUCAGGUGGCAGAAGUUGUUAAUUUCUUUGGGCUAGGUUCUGUCAUGUGCUUUGGGGUCACAGCUGGUGCUUAUAUUCUUACGCUUUUUGCUACUAAAUAUAGGGACCGUGUUAUGGGCCUCAUACUCGUCUCACCUCUUUGCAAGGCUCCCUCGUGGUCAGAAUGGUUAUAUAGUAAGAUAGUAUCAAAUUUACUGUAUUUUUAUGGAAUGUGCGGCUUGGUCAAGGACUACUUACUCCAACGGUACUUCAGUAAGGAGGUAAGAGGAAACUCUCAACUCCCAGAUUCUGACAUUGUGCAAGCUUGUAGAAGUUUGCUGGAUGAGAAGCAAAGUGCUAACGUAUGGCGGUUUCUUCGGUCAGUUAAUGGGAGAUAUGACUUGACGGAAGCUCUAAAGAAGCUACAUUGUCGGACACUAAUAUUUGUCGGUGAGGAUUCUCCAUUUCACUCGGAGGCCAUCCAUAUGGCAUCAAAACUGGACAAGAGAUUCUGUGCAUUGGUUGAGGUUCAGGCAUGCGGUUCGGUUGUAACAGAAGAGCAGCCCCAUGCGAUGUUGAUACCGAUGGAGUACUUCCUGAUGGGGUAUGGGUUGUGCAGGCCAAGCCAACUGAGCUACAGCCCUCGUAGUCCUCUCAGCCCGCUUUGUAUCUCUCCAGAGCUACUCUCGCCAGAAAGCAUGGGAGUAAAGCUAAAGCCCAUCAAGACAAGAGUAUCCCCUUGAGCUUGAAAUCAAUCAGAGCAGUUAUGCAAUACCAAAAUCAAUUUUGUGGACCAUGCAAAACCAUGAGAUGAACUAUUUAUACCCAUAGAGGAUUUUUUUGGAGGGGUUUUGGAGUAAAGACCAGGUUACUGGACUGUAUAUAUUAAUGGAGAAGGUUGUCUUAAGGGUUGGGUAAAAUUGUUAAAAAUUUAUGUAAAUUCAUUCUUUAAUGUUACAAACAAUAAGGUGCCGUGUCUUCAGUCGUUA